AUGUGACAAUCAUUCCUGCGCACAAGGGGCAGGCAGCCCUUGGCGCCGGCAGCGGGACAAUGCUUACCCUCCGGCUUGGAAUCGACGUCGGAUCUCUUCGAGGUGAGCGGCGUCGACGAGACGAGCAACGACGUUUGUCUCUGGCCGGACGUGGUUGUGGCGAUUUGUGAUCAGGCAACCUUUGACGAGCAAUUGCUUGCCUCCUCACCACCACUCUCUCUCACAAUCAUGUACCUCAACUCAAACCAGCAAGGUGACUACCAGCUCCUCGAGCAAACCGCCGCGUCCAACAACUCUGCCGAGUCCAGCAUGGUCGACAUGACCUUCGCAGAUGAGAAGGCAGCGGCGACAAUGGCGCUCAAGGAUAUCGAUCUGCCCCUUCAUUCGGCCCAUCGCCCACCUCGUGGUCUCCUCUCGCGAUGGCUUCAAGGCAGCGAAUGCAGACCACCAAAGGUAUCCCACUCCGUAGCCCUCGACGGCUUUCGUGGCAUGGCUACGUGCCUCGUCUUCCAAGCUCACCUCCCUGGUGGUCAUGAGGCAUGGGGACAAGCUGGACUCGGCGCCUUCUUCAUCUUUGCCGGCUUUCUGCUGGUCGGUACCCUAGAGAAGCUUCACCUCAAAGCUCAGGCAAGCCUCUCGCCAGCCACGCCACGCCAUACCGCCUGGCAACGCUUCAAGGCAGCGUACUCAUGGAUACCCGAGUUUCAGCUCGCUCGCGCGGCUCGUCUCAUGCCGGCGCAACUCUUCAUGAUUGGAACCACAUCUUACUACAUGUACACGCACUCUUCAGGCGAAUGGACAGGACCUUUCCUUACGCGUGCAGCGAUUCGAGCCAUCUUUUGGUCGGAGGACUAUUCUCUCGAGCAGUCUCCUUACCAUCAGGUGUGGAGUCUAAGCUUCCAGGAGGUCAGCUAUCUGCUCAUGUGUUUUGCUAUGCCCUUUGUCCCGCGCUCAGCGAGGGGAAAGUGGAGCUUCUGGGCUACCGCCACCGCCGUCAUGCUUUCGGUCUCAACGCUUUUGACGGUUUCCGAGAGCGUCCGCUUCCCCUUUGAUGGAGAGACCUACCUCGGCUUUCCCUUGCUCAACCUCAAUUGGCGUCGUGGCGUUGCGGGCAACAUUUGGAAGAUCUGCUUUGGCGCUUUCAUCAGGACUUUCCCCUGGCCUACGUGGCUCUACAAGCAGGGUCGGCUCGGCGGCUUCCUCGCCAUCUUCAUGGUCGCGAGCGUUGCUUGGUUCAACGACACCUUCAUCAAUGGCACGGACAAAAGGGACGCCGUGCUGGGCCACAAUGUCGUGCUCUUCAACCCCCUCAUGGCCAUUGUCACCGCCGCGGUCAUCCUCACAUCCAUCGAGGGAAACUGGUUCACUGAGGCGGCCAUCUUUAAAUUCGUGGCCAAGUGCUCCUAUUCGGCGUACCUCUGGCACUUUACGCUUUCCCACAUCACACACUGGCCCAACGACAUCAUUACGGGCUAUGGUGUGCUCCUCAUGGCCAUCGUGUGUGCGUACGUGUCGACGGUCUGCGUCGAGGAGCCCAUUUUGAACGCAUUCAAGAAGUGGAAGGGGGCGCGCAAGUAG